UGAAGUCAGCCACGAUCCUCUCAACAUGUUGUCUCUGGCGGUGCUCUACAUUCUGGCUGUGGUUUGUUCUGCACGGAGAACUCAUGCGCUGCCUCUGUAUUCAGACACGGCUCUACCACAACAGGAAGAACUGAUUCAGAAGCUGGUAGCAGAGGUUGAAGACGGACAAAGUAAUGAUUUAACAGAGCAAAGAGACGUUAAAACUGUGCUUCCUGUCCUGCUACAGAGAGGUGCAAAAGAGACUUUGCAGCAAGAGAAAAUAAAUAACAUGGUGGAUGAUUUAAAAGCAGUGGUUUUGAAACUAGCUGCAGCUGAUAACCUGCGUUCUCAAGGUUAUCUACGAUCUGAGCAAAGCUUGCCCAAAAACAGUAAGAGAGCUUGUUUUUGGAAAUAUUGUGUUACAAACUAGGAAUUUUUCCACAGAGAUGGACAGUGGACCAGCCUAACACAACCUCAUUUACAAAACCCACAGUAUAUGCUUUUGUUUUCCCCAUACAAAUCCAUUCCGCUGCCCUUUUACAUUGUGAAUAUUGUUUUAUAUAAAGUAACCUAACAAGAAUCUGAAUGUAUUUUUUAAUCAUAAAUGAAAACUGAUCUGGUAACAUGUAUGUUAUUAUUUUUAUUUCUAAGUAAAAUCUGAAAGAAAGCA